ACCGUAGAGAUAGAGAAAAAGGCUUCGAUCAACAGUUGUUCAUUGUGAAGGCUGGGAAUCGAUCUCCUGUGGUGAUUUGGUGCAGGGGAAGAGCAAGGAUGACGACGCGACUCCGUGAAUCGACUGCUGAUAGGAUUAGCAACCUUCCCGACGGCGCGAUAGAGCGGAUUCUGGUGUUCUUACCCAUAAAAGAUGCAGCAAAAACCAGCCUCUUGUCAAGAGACUGGAGACAUCGUUGGAGAAGUAUUCCUCAACUUGUGUUCGAUGAUAGGUUUGCUCCACUUCCUGAAGAAGAUGAUUGUGGUAAUAUAGCGGAUGAUGGGAAGGAUGUAGUGUUGAAGAUUUACGAAGCUCUGCUGACUCAUGAUGGGCUGCUAACCAAAUUUGAGCUCUCAAUUCCUGAAUUUAGGCGUCAAAUUCCGCUUGAUCUCUUGAUCCUUCACCUUUCUAGGAAAGCCGUCCAGGAGCUUGCCCUUCUCUUUGAGGACGACAAUUACCCCAAAUUGCACUCCUCCCUGUUCUCUCCAGCCUUUCCCCUGAAGCGUCUUAAACUGAAGGGUUGCGAAUUCAAGGUACCGUCUGGGUUUGCGGGAUUUAACAAGCUUACCCUUCUUGAAUUAGAAGAUGUUGUUUUGCCUGACGAUUUCUAUCAGAAUUUCCUUCCUUGCUGCCCGCUGCUCGAAGAGUUGAGGGUUAUCGAUUGCACCGGUGAAGCGCAUGUGUUUGUCUCGCCUUCUCUGAAAGUGCUUUUGUUUCACUCAUGUCUUUCUAAAAUAUGCUUCAAGUAUACCCCACUUCUUUCGGUGGUAUCAGUUUUAGACACUAAUGAAUAUACUUAUGAGGCAGGCUCCUUUGUGAAGGAUAAUUCGGAUAUGGUUGACUUAUUUGCAUCUCUCCCUGCGCUUCAGCACCUCAAUCUUGGCAUUGAAUUGCUGCUAUUCCUUGCUGAUGAUGAUCAUGUCCCCUACAAGCUUCCUAAACCUCUCCACAACCUGAGAUUCCUGGAAGUACCUCGCAUUCUGUUGCAUAGGUUGCCACAGGCGCGGGUUCUUGUUUGUCUGAUCAUGAGCGCCCCCAACUUGAAAAGACUCACAAUUCGGCUCGAUGAUAGUGACGAACAUCCGCCUUCGAAGGUUAUCGGUAGCCUGCAGAAGUUGUUAGAAGCAGAGGACCAACUUGGAUUUUGUUGCCUUCAACAUCUGGAAGAGGUCAACAUUCAUGACAGUCGUGGUAUGCAAGUCGAGUUGGACCUGGUGAGGUUUGUUCUGGCCACUGCCCCUGUACUUCGCAGGAUCAACAUUCAGCGCAAAGAAAAGCUGUCUUCUAAAAAGGCUCUGAAAUUCUUGAAUGAGAUGAUAGUAUAUAAGCGUAUUUCAAAAGAAGCCGAGAUAAAAUAUGUCUAGAAUGGCGAGGUUGAAACUUAGGUCGUUAAUCUAAUUUAUGGUGCUUCGUCUUAUAUUUUAUUUUCUAGUUUGCAAAUGAUGUGAGGGUGCUUGAUCGAACUUAGUUUAAGUGCAGAAGGUGUGCAGCAGGGUAAUUGUUACUGUUAGAACUUAGAACAGAAAAAGGAGGUUGUUCUUAGUUGUGACUACUUACUAGCAUUGCUUUGCAUCUUUGCUUCUAACCUAGCAGCUAGCGCCAGUACCACCCUUAGUAGAACGUAUAACUGUUAAUAGCCCUACCUACACAGUAGAGUUGUUAUGCUGCAUCUUUGGUGGGUAAAAGCCAGAGACUGUGCUCGAUAAUGUCGACAGGAUGAUUACUGAUUCUGUCAACAAGGCACGAAGUAUGUUCAUGGUUGUUUUGACAAGAAAAAUAUCGAUUUUGAGAAAGAGAGGAAUGCAAAAUCUGUUAUCUGUA